GAAAAUAUAUUCAGUAUGGCAGCCCGAACUGUCCCCCCUCUCUAGACUGACCAAAGCAUCCACCAAAGUAUGUGAGCGUCCAUGAAUGUCCCUCUGCAAGGAGAGGAGGAUUUGGGGGAGGUAGCAGGAAAACAUGGAAAUGUAGAGGGAUGGACAUCUUUCUGCAAUCAGCAGGCUUUUGUUUUUUACAAUUGGAGAAGUAACUUUCAGUAUACUUCAAGUUAUAGGAGAAGGGAGGAAACUUCUCUGCUCUCUCUUUCUCCCUCAAUUUCCUUCUCUGCUCUCUCUCUCUCUCUCGCACUCCCUCUCCCCUUUUCUGCUGUUAGAAUCCCAGUACCAUUCAGUCCAGAGGAGACACCAGCCAGACAUACAAUCUGAUUCUGAAGGAAAGAUGAGGCACCACUUGAUUCUUCACCUGUCAUGUGUGAGUCUGGUUAUGCUCUGGGGCCAUGGCUGUGCCAGGCAUGUGCCAAUGGUCUACAGCAUUUCCAUGGAUGGCAGUGGUGACGUAGGGGAGACGGAUCUUAUAUUCCCAGUUGAUAGCCCCCACCACCCUGUGUCCCCCACCGUCGAUGUGUCCCCCACCGUCGAUGUCUCCCCCACCACUACCCUAGCCCCCACCCUGGUCAGCACCAUCACCAACACCAUCACCACCACCAUGAUCCGCCUCAAGGACUUUAUGGUCACCCGGGUGGUGGACUUCCUCCAGGAUAAUAUGCUGAUCAUCAUCGUGGUCACCUCCCUCCUCAUUGUCAUGAUCUUCAUCAUCUGCUGUGCCGCUACCAUGAGCCAAAAGCGCAAGUUGGAGGCCUACAAACCUCCGGCCAACUCACCCAGCAAGUAUAUGGACCACACGGCGGAAGGAGUCAAAUCCUCCAGUGAGGUCCAGAGUAGGGUGUGCGGCGGGCCUGACUCAGCCAGGAGGGUCCAGAUCCAGGGAACCUCCAAGAAUCUGCGCACCCCUUCUGCUGCACUGGUGGGGGAAAAGGUGGGCAAGGAGCCCAAACCGAAGGAGGUCCAGAAAGUGAACGAUGUAGAGGAGAAGGAGACGCGGAGAGUGGAGCCUAAGCACAAAGGGCAGAAGGCUGAGGACGUGCAGCAAUGCUCCAGCUCCAGCACCAGCCAGCCUAUGGUCUGCACCUGCCACCUGAGGAAGGCCAACCACUAAGUAUAGGUUGGGGCUCCAACCAUGUAAACUAGCAAAAAAAAGGAGAGAGGAACCUUUUUCUUGUGCGGAGGGAACUCCCUGGGUACGUCCGCUGCUGUGUGCCACUUGUAUGUGGAAUCUGACCUUGUGGAUACCUUUUAGCAUACAGAUACUGUACAAUUAGGUCUAAAGAGCAUACUAUCAGGCCUUAAAAACAUAAGGAAUUUCAGCCCUGACUGUCCUUUUGAUAUAUCUGAUAAAUUAUUCCUCCUAUACUUUCCUUGUUGUAGAAAACAGUCCUUGUGAAAUGAGAUUUGUUCAUCAAUUGAUAGCUUUCAAAGCGACAUGUCAAAACAUAUACCAAGACAGUGUGUUUAGGAUGUUUUCAUGUUAUUACUGUUGGGAAAUUGUACUGCUCAGUUAAGCUUAACUAAAAAGAUGCAGAUCACACAGAAAAAAAGAAAGUUAUCUUCUGUGAACGAGAGAAAGCCAAGCUUAUUUCUGUUUGCUAACUCUAUGGCGAUAACCUGGCCAGUUGAUUUCAACACAGUAAAUGAUGUGAGAAAAUGUAUUUUCUUUUAGCAAUGGACUUCUUUUUUUCUCUUACUUCAUUAGAAAUGUUACAAUUAUAUACAUGUCAUAUGGGUGCUUUGUGGAUUAAUAUUGAAGAGAAUUUUCUCAUGCUAUAUGGAUAGAUGGUAGAGCUGCUUUUUUUGUAUUACAUUAUCUAUUUUUUCCGAACAUCAAAAUAACUGUGAUUUGCAGGUGCGAGUAUGUGGUUACAAAGGUCAGUGCAAGUUUUUAUUAAAAAUGGACUUACAUUACUCAAGUAAAUUAAAAUCCCCAAAUUCUCCUGAGUCCCUUUAAGGAUUGUUUUACAGUGACGCUCAGUUCUGCUGUACAUUAUGGUCAUUUUGUUUGCGUAAUGGAUCUUAUUUUAUUUUUGUCCAGCUUCAAUGGAGAUUUUGUUGAUAUAUGUUUUUUUGGAAAUUGUAAGUGUAAGACAGGCAGUGAGAUUUCACCAUGUUCAUUAAGUGUUUCAAAAACAUACACAGAACAAAAAUCUAAACGCAACCUCUAAAGUGUUGGUCCCAUGUUUCAUGAGCUGAAAUAAAAAAUCCCUGAAAUUUUC